AUGCCCGGCGUGUACAAUGGCGGCUAUAGCCAUGAGCCGUAUGGACACAACGCAUAUAUAGAUGCCGCAUACGUUGACACGCAACAGUUCCCAUACUACGGUGGUUACACCUACACACCAUAUUAUGCUGAUGGUCAGGCCUAUCGCAGCUAUGCCUACCAGGCAAGUCAGGCCUAUCCCGGUGCCUACGGUCCGUACCCGGGAGCGUCAGGGGCCUACAGGCCAUACCCUCAACCGCAACCGUCACCUCCAAGAAGAUCACGAACAGCGCCUAGUCGUGCAAUGCCGUUCUCCACACGAGCAAACGUUCCGUCAUCGCGGAAACCUCGAGGGGUUUCGGUUGAUCAGUACGACAAGCGACAGUUCAAGGCAGUUUCCGGUCCUAUGAAGAAACCAUCACCUGCGUACAGAAAAACUCGUGAUCCCUAUACGUAUCGAUUAGCACAAUACCAGGUACUGAGUUUUGGUCUUUAUGUCACUUUUUUCUUACCCACAUUACCCUUUUAUGUGGAUCGUGUGGGAAGUUAG